AUGGUUGCCACAGACACUGUACUACUGUGGACACUCAGUAUCUGCACCUUGUCUGUUGUCUGUGGAAAGUCGUCCGUGUCUGUAGACAUCAACACUGAUUCGGUACUACAAACAAUAGACCACAGGUUUGUUGGUGUCACAUUUGAUGCCAUCUUGAUUCACAAUGGAUUCCAAAACACUGGUGUUGAUUUUAGUUCACCACAAUUAAAGACCCUUGCUCGUGCGUUUUCUCCCUGUAUACUCCGUAUUGGGGGCACGGAUGCAGAUGGUGUGAGGUUCAACCCAAGUCUGAAGACACCGACUGUAUCUGACAGUGUACUCACAGCUCAUGUUUGGGACGAAAUCAACAAUUUCACCAGGGAUGUGGGCUGGGACCUGAUCUUUGGUCUGAGUGUGCUGCAGCGGAAAGAUGGACGCUGGGACCCUACAAAUGCCGACCAACUGCUCGACUACACAACCCAGAAAGGAUAUGACAUCUAUGGCUUUGAACUGGGCAAUGAACCCCUGAGUAUUCCGGAUCAUUACAAUACAAGCAUUUCCGGCUCGCAACUUGGAAGAGACUUCCUGACUUUUCACGAUGAACUGCGGAAGCGUCCAUACUUUAAGGAUACAUUGAUACUCGGGCCGGAUAUAUUCUACAUCGAGAGGGGGAUUUCAUUCAUGAAAGACUUCUUGACCUCUGGAGGUGCCCGAUCCGUGGACGCCAUUACAUUCCAUCACUACUUCGGCAAUGGCAAAGAAGGCCGACUUGCAAACUUCACCGACCCCGUGUUUAUGGACAGGCUGAAGGUGACGCUGGACAUUGCACGCAACGCUACGUCAGAUGCUCCUGCUGGGACGCCCCUUUGGCUUGGAGAGACGGGGUCAUUCUUUGACCAUGGUGUGAUGAAUAUGACUAAUACUUUUGUGGACGGAUUUCUGUGGUUGGACAAACUGGGUCUGUCAGCCCAGUCAGGCAUCAAGAAAGUCAUCCGCCAAGACUUCUCUGGUCCUGGUUGGGUGUUUCAUAACUUGAUAGAACCUUUCAUCAACUAUCCUGAGACGGACUACUGGCUUACUCUCCUGUUCAAGCAACUGGUUGGCAAUGUCGUAUUUGACACGAAGGGUUCCACCAACAUCAGAAUAUAUGCCCAUUGUACCAAGAACAAAAAUAACUAUGGUUAUCCGUCGGGAAGCGUCACAGUCUAUGCAAUGAAUCUUGACACUGAAGAUGCGUCCGUCAUCUUUCCAAAAGCAUUAAACAACCGCAUGGAACUGUUUUGGCUUUCCCCAGUAGGUGACGACCCCAGAGCCAAGAACGUACUGCUGAACAGAGUACAGUCUCUGUACAUGGUGAACAACAAGAUCCCCGUGUUCCGUCCUCGAUCCCAGACUGGAGGACCGGUCAUCCUGCCCCCGCGUACAUACGGCUUUAUUGUCUUCCCUGAAGCUCAUGUCUCUGCUUGUUACUGAGUAGAAACCGGAAAUAAAACAACUCUUGCACAAGA